CUGUGGUACCGGACGCAAGACUCUCUAGGCUUUGUCUAUCUCUGUGGUGACGGUGCUGACGGGGCUGGCGGGUCUGAAAAGAGUGGCGGGAGCCGCUCCACUUCCUCCCCGGCUGCCAGGGAGCUGCGUCCCGACCCCAGAGGUGUUCCGCGACCAGGGGGAGCAGGUGUUGGCACCAGGAGCCGCCCUCCGGGCGGAAUGCGCAGUGAACCAUGCCCCUCCUAACACAACAGAUCCCAGAUGAGAAUGAUUACAGUUUAGUGGCCAGCCUCGACAACGUGAGGAAUCUCUCCACUAUCUUGAAGGCUAUUCAUUUCCGAGAACAUGCCACCUGUUUCGCUACUAAAAAUGGAAUCAAGGUCACAGUGGAAAAUGCAAAGUGUGUGCAAGCAAAUGCUUUUAUUCAGGCUGGAAUAUUUCAAGAGUUUACAGUUCAAGAAGAGUCUGUUACUUUUCGAAUUAAUUUAACCGUCCUUUUAGACUGUUUAUCUAUUUUUGGAUCAAGUCCUAUGCCAGGAACUUUAACUGCACUUCGGAUGUGUUACCAAGGUUAUGGCUACCCUUUGAUGCUAUUUCUGGAAGAAGGAGGAGUGGUGACAGUCUGUAAAAUCAAUACUCAAGAGCCUGAGGAGACUCUGGAUUUUGACUUCUGCAGCACCAAUGUUAUUAAUAAAAUCAUUCUGCAGUCAGAGGGGCUCCGUGAAGCAUUUUCUGAAUUGGAUAUGACGAGUGAGGUCCUACAGAUCACCAUGUCUCCCGAUAAGCCUUAUUUCAGGUUAUCUACUUUUGGGAAUGCGGGAAGCUCCCACCUUGACUAUCCCAAAGAUUCUGAUUUGAUGGAAUCAUUUCACUGUAAUCAGACUCAGGUCAACAGAUACAAAAUAUCUUUAUUGAAACCCUCUACAAAGGCGCUAGUCCUGUCUUGUAAGGUAUCUAUUCGGACAGAUAACCGAGGAUUCCUCUCAUUGCAGUAUAUGAUUAGAAAUGAAGAUGGACAGAUAUGUUUUGUGGAAUAUUACUGCUGUCCCGACGAAGAAGUUCCUGAAUCUGAGUCUUAAGUAUGGCAGUUCACUGUGCCAUUUAUUUAUGUACACAUUCAGGGUAGGUCAUGUUCUGUUCUGAGUGUAAUACUCAUGAUUUCUUACUGAAUCGUCUAUGGGGAAGAAGCAUGGAAAAGACAGGAGUAAAGUCCCUGUCCCUUAAUAACUGCUGUAUAUUUGGUAAGUGAUGUGUUCACGUAAUCACAGAAUAUCCAGUACCAGGCUAGCUUGUGGUUCUGUCUUUUGAAUUUUUGGGAAUCAUUAUGAGUCAAGAUGAACACAUUUUAUGUUUUACUUUUUUAAAGUAGGAUAGUCAGUCCAAGAGUCUAAAACUUUAAAGUUUGAUAAAGCCAUAUCUGAAAUGUUCUAGUGGCAUAUGGGCAUCGCUUACUAAUUGAAAUUCUGAAGAACCUGUUUUAAAGCAGUGGUUCUCAAAGUGCCACACCUAGGUCACCUGGAAACUUGUCAGCAACUCUGUGGGUGAGCCAGAAAAAAAUCUGUAGUUUAAAAAGCUCCCCCACCCCGCAGGAGAUUCUGAUGCAUGCUGAAGUUUUAGAACCACUGUUUUAAAAGAUAAUUUUUUUAAAAAAUAGCAAUUUAAUUGCAUUAAAGUGACUGCCUUGUGAUUUCUUCACAAAUGUUCUGAAACUUAGGCAUCACCGAACAAGUCUGAAUAUAUGAUUUGUUUUUAAAGUGUACAUUUUUGAGGACAACUAUGAACAAGAUAUAAAACAGUCUUCAGAGUUAGAGAUUUUCAUCUUGUUCUGAAAGCUGUUUGGUAUAGUAAGUACUUAUUAGCUACCCUAUAUUUGCCUAUAAGAGUUUCUCAACCAAACCAGGGUGUACAAAACCAGUUAUUAAGUGAUUUUACACUUUGAGCAGUUGUCAAUGAAAUAAUUUUUGUCAUAUGUAGAUAUUAUUUAAUAAAGUAUAUUUACUGAAAUUA